UUCUGUGGAGAUAGGGAUGGUGGAAGAUAUCUGAUUUCCCUCACAGAGCAGCAGACUGAGCUGGGAUGAGAGGGGAGGGGAGUUCUGGACGCUGCUGCUCGGCUCCUGUGCUGCUCCACCUCUCUCUGUGUUUUGCUGGAUCUCGCAGUUUUAACAGGAAACCCCCAUGUUUGGGUUCAAGUCGCAGGCAUUGCCACUGCCCGUGGUGUCCAGGGUGGUGACUCCGAACUUUGUGUCACCAAUGGGGAGAAAACAGGGAGAGAUUUUUGCUGUGGGACGUGGCAGUUGCUGGUUUCCCUCUCCUUUCCUGUGCGGAGGCACAGCUGGAUUCAGCGUGGGGGAAGUCAGGAGCAGGGAGAACAGCAAACCCUCGGCAGUGCUCGCUCUUCUCACUUUAUUUCAGCUUCAGGAAGAAGUGGGUGGGCCAGCUUGGAGCAACCCAAAAAACCUGUGGCUCUUUGCAAGGCAUAUGCUUCCUUGGAGGAGAGCUGGGCUCGUUUGCACUGCAGAGCGCCGUGUUUGCCUUGGGAGCAGGGACACUGCCAAUCCUGGCGGCUCACUCGUGCGGAGAUAAGUUCGGGAGCGCGGAAGUGUGUGAAUUCUAGGAAUUGAGAUAGAAAAACAAAGAACAUAUGUGUGCUGCGUGCUUGGCUCGGCCCAGCAGUGAACUCCGCCGCGCUACGUGCGAGAAGCCAAAUGCUGAGCAAAGGGGUGGAGGGGGUGUGUGUGUGGCUGGGCAGGGCCCAGUGCCACGUGGAGCAGCUCAGGGCAGGGAAUAAUGUGAAAUUCCCGGAGUGUGCUCUUCAGGGAAUGAUCCGGCAGCAGGCAAAUGGCAGCAAAACUGUAAAAGUCUGAUGAAUGAUUUGUUUGAGAAAUACGGGAGCCGAUGAAUAUUGAUCAUGGCACAAGACCGUGAGCUGGGAAAAUGACUGAAUCUGCAGCCUCGUGGUGAGGAGAUAAAGAACGUGAGAGAAAGGAGAUACGCAUCUCGAAGUGACUGUGCCACCAGCUGUGGGCUCUUUGUGUGUGUUUCUAAGACCUGCAGCCAUGGAGGCAGUGCUCAUCUUCCUGUGCUCCCUGCUGGUACCCGUGGCCAUGGCAGACGUGGCCACCCAGGAGAAGGAGGAGGAGGAGGAGGAUCCCUUUAACUAUGAUUACCAGAGCCUGAGGAUCGGGGGGCUGGUGUUUGCCGUGGUCCUGUUCACUGUGGGCAUUCUCCUCAUCCUCAGCAGGAGGUGCAGGUGCAGUUUCAAGCAGAAGCCCAGGGCUCCAGGGGACGAGGAGGCUCAGGCAGAGAACCUGAUCACCUCAAACGCAACGGCGGCACAGAAAGCAGAGAACUGAGCAGGAGCCAAUGCUACCCAGAGACCCGAGGACAGACGCUGGGAGCCCAGAUGCCCGUGGCCUGCGAGGAAACUGAGCCCCCAGCAGCAGGUCCCUCUCAGGAGACGCGGGGCUGCCCUGUCUGUGUCCCCUCUGUGCUCCAGCACCGGUUCUCUGUCUCGUAACCCGACUAAACUCCGCUCACUCUGCC